AGGCGAUGGCAAUUAUAGUGUAUACUGCAUAGAUCGCUGGUACUUUACUGUUAUUUACUAGUUAUUUAAUCUAUUCUGUGUUAUUACAAUAAGUAUUAAGUAGUGACUAAACAUAUUUUACUGAAAAUUGUAAUCAACCCCUUUUAUAUUUCUUUUCAAUAGUUCAUUCCCUCUAUCUUCUAUUGAUAAUGUCGAAAGUGUCUUUUUCGACGUUGGCGUAUUGUAAAAUGGUUGCCCAUGCUGCCAAAUAUCCUCACUGUGAAGUAAACGGAUUACUUGUCGCCGAGAACUCUACUAAGGGCGAUAAGUUGGUUAUAGUGGACACUGUUCCAUUGUUCCAUCAGUGCCUUCAUGUGUCACCGAUGUCAGAGAUCGCCUUGAUGCAAAUCGAUCAAUCGGCCAGUACAUGCAAUAUGUACAUUGCCGGCUAUUAUCUAGCUAAUGAAACGCUGGAUGAUUUAAGUUAUGAUAAACCAGCCCAUAAGAUUAUGGAUAAGAUUGUUGAACAUGAGACAGAUGUCUGUAUGGUUGUGAUCAAUAAUCGGUUAAUGGAGUUAAAUCAAAAAGAAAGUGCACUGUUAGUGCACACUCAAGAUGAUGGAAAAUGGAAACGUCUGAAUAACUCAAACGUGCAAAUAGAAAAUGUAACAUUGGCAGCUGCAUCAGCUGUAUUACAACAACAGUUGUAUAAUAAUUUGGUAGAUUUUGACAAUCACUUGGAUAAUUUGUCUUUAGACUGGCUCAAUACAGAAUUUUCUAACUGUGUGGAAAGAACAUCUGGACAUGAUAUGGGAAGAAGGCUGAUGAUUAAUAAAUCAGUUUCUUGACAAUUGGAAUGGGAUGAGGGAAUGAAACAAAUUAAAUUUUGAUUCAUUAAUUUUAGAUGAGCAUUAAGAAUUGUUUUUUAGUUCAAUUAUCAAUAAUUAUCUUGUUUCCAUAUUAUUAUUAAUUAUUUCAAAUGGAAAUGAUGUAAGCAAAACUGUUUUAAAUUUAGUUAUAGAAAAACUUCAAAUUAAUAAUUUAAUUAUUACUAAAAAUAUAUUAUUCCACAUCUGGAAUUCGCCAUUUCUUCUUUCUAAAUAUUGUUUCAUUAUGCUUAAGCUACUUUUAGUAUUUUUAUGUUACUUAUUGGGUUUAUAAUUUAUAAGAUAAAAUUUUUAUUGCAAUUUUAUGUAUAAGACUAUAAUUAUAUAAUAUUUAUAUUCACCAUUUAUAUAGCAUAUAUAAAUAACAGCACAUACAAUUGUGUGUAUUAUGUAGUAAAAAUAUUUAUAUCAGGAACAAUUAACAUUUUUAAGUGUCUUUGAAAUUGUUAAUGGUUUAUGUACAAAAUUUAAAGGUAUUAAGGUAUACAUUUAUGUAUGUUAAGUAAUUUACAGUCAGCUUUUGUUUUUGUUUUAUAAUUUAUACUUAUUAAAUAAGUAUAUUUUAUAAGUUAUCUUAAAUUUAUAUAAAAUAUUGAUUAAGUAAUUUUUAGGUCUUGGUAAACGUUUUUUAUGUUGUAGACAUAUAGUUGCAUAUGUAUUUAUGAAUCACACUGGAUAAUUUUUUUCAAAGUAAAUAAACACCGAGAAAUUCGUUAUUUUUUAAGUAUUAGUAUGUAUUAUAAGCCAUAAAAUCCAAAAUGAUUUUAAAUUUUAGGUAUAUCAAGUUCUACGUUUUUAAUAUGACAAAUUUGAUGAUUAAGUAAUAAAUUUAAUUUCUAUUCCUUAA